CACACCAUUCUUUCCCUCACUAUAAAAUCCCAAAACCCCCAAAUUCCCUCUCUUGAAAUCCACAUUCCUUUCCUUUCCUUUCCUUUCCUCUAGCAAACAAUGGCGGUUAGUUUCAGAGGAAGAACGUCGGACUUUGGGGUUUCGAGGAAAUGGAAGGAGAAGGGAAGGGAGAGGGAGACGAGUCCUGAGAGGACUAUAGUCUGGACUGAACCUAAGACUCAGAAAUCCGCUGAGAGAAAAGUUCCCGUUGUUUACUAUCUCUGCAGGAAUGGCCAGCUCGAGCACCCUCAUUUCAUGGAGGUGUCUCUCUCUUCCAACGACGGACUCUAUCUCAGAGACGUCAUUAACCGCUUAAACGUAUUGAGGGGACAAGGCAUGGCUAGCUUGUAUUCCUGGUCCUCCAAACGAAGCUACAGAAAUGGCUUCGUUUGGCAGGAUUUAUCGGAGAACGAUUUCAUCUACCCUGCUCACGGCCAAGAGUACGUUCUCAAAGGAUCGGAGAUUCUCAAUCCUUCACUAAAUCCGAAACUGUUAGAAGCAGCUUCGUCGUUUAGAUUAGCGAAACAAGCUGAAUCUGAAAAAUCGGAGGAGGAUCCUGAUUUUCCGGUGGUCACGAGGCGGAGAAAUCAGUCAUGGAGCUCCAUUGAUCUCCAAGAGUAUAAAGUUUACAAGACUGAGGCAAACUCGGAGUCUAGCCGGAGACUCGCUGCCGAUGCAUCAACUCAGACAGAUGAUAAGCAAAGAAGAAGAAAACCAGAAAUCGAGGAGUUGGAAGAAGAGAAAAGUCAAAGUCAAAGUCAAAGUCAGGAGUUGGAUCAAAACCAGAGAACGGAGCUGAGCAGGGAAGAGAUCUCACCUCCGCCGUCCGAUUCAAGCCCGGAGACUCUAGAGUCGCUUAUGAAGGCUGAAGGACGGCUACGAUUGUCUGAGUUUGGGAGCAACGAGGACAGUAUAAAUCGGGCGGCUGGGGGUUGCUCAAGUGGGAGGAUGAAAGCAUCGGCGGUUCUGAUGCAGUUGAUCUCCUGUGGCUCCAUCUCUUUCAAGGAUUGCGGGCCCAGCUCGGAGAAGGAUCAAGGGUUCUCCUUGAUUGGGCACUAUAAGGCCAGAUUGCCCCGCGGAGCAGGAAACAAUAGCCAAGUAGGCAGUAAAGAUGUGGGAAUAGAAAGGGGAAUUGGGAACGUUUCGAGGGUGAAAUUAGAAGAUAAAGAAUACUUCAGCGGGAGCUUGAUUGAGACCAAGAAACAGGAGGUUCCAGCUCUGAAGAGAUCAUCUUCCUACAAUGCAGAUAGGAGUUCGCAGUUGCAGCUGGCCGAAAAGGAGAUAGAUGGAGUGAAUGCAAUGAGUGUCCCAAGGAAUUCAGAAACUUUGCCAACAAAGAAAGAAGAAAUCUCUAGUGAAUGCAGCACGAGCACUGAAAUGGGAAGCAAAAGACACGACGCUUGAACUUGAAGUAUGACACGUUAUAUCAGUGGUCCAAAGUGAGGGGCAAAUCUAAAACCACAGCUUCGAGAAUUGUUAGCAUAAAUCUAACUAGUAAAGAGAAGAUAUUUAGAAACAGUAGGCAAAAAGCAGAGAAACAGUAGUAGUGCAGGGGAAGCUACGGCACUGUAGGCGGAGGCUCACACAAUUAGAGAGGAAUACGGUUGGGAAAUCGACUCAAUUGUACAUCUUGAGUUAGGAGCUUUUGCAUGGGGGUGAACUUUCGGUGCCUUGGUGUCUGUGAGGGCGGAUGUGGGACUUCAUUUCUGCCUUAUUUUCGGUGAUCUGGCUCAAACUCCUAAUUGUCUUUAUGCCUUUUCUGACUAGGUAAGCUGACUUUGAACCGUGAGACAUGGGUAUUUGUACGUGGGUAUGGUAUCUGCUUUGGCUUUAGCAUCCAUCAUGCCCUCCGUGAGCUUUUUAAAGAUUUGGGAUGAGAUGAAGCUUUGUCGAAAUGGUAGUGCCUUUUCUUGCUUGUAACCUCGUGUAUACGUUCUGUCAUCUUUGCCUAAUAGAGAACGUGAAAUCGA